CAUGGCGCGGGACCUGCAGCCGCCGCCCAGCUGAGCCGCGGGGAGGAGGAGAAGGAGGAAGAGCCGCUGCAGGGCAAGCGAUGCCGCUGCGGGCUGCGCGGGGAACAAGCGCCGGGCCCUGAAGCAGUGGUGCACGGUAGGCUAUGGGAUGGACGAAGCUGAGCAGGACCAGUCUGAAGCCCGUCUCAAAGAGCUCUUUGACAGCUUUGACGUCACUGGCACUGGCUCUCUGGGGCACGAGGAGCUGACCGAACUCUGCCGCGUCUUGCACCUGGAGGAAGUCGCUCCGGGAGCACUUCAGCAGACCUUUCUGCAGGGCGAUCUCCUGAGCCGGGUCCGCUUUGACCAGUUUAAAGAAGCACUCAUCCUCCUCUUGUCCAGGACACUAACAAAUGAAGAGUCCUUCCAAGAACCAGAUUCUUCACCAGAAGCCCAGCCCAAAUACAUCAAGGGUGGGAAGCGCUAUGGCAGGCGGUCCAUGCCGGAGUUCCAGAAAUCCACGGAGGAGUUUGCAGAGGUGACUGUGAUUGAGCCUCUGAAUGAGGAAGCCCAUCUGUCGCACAUCUCCAGUGAUGACUGCGAUGAGCGCUGGAGGUCCCAAGACAGCGAGGAAUAUGAAGCUGAAGGUCAGUUGAGGUUCUGGAAUCCCGACGACUUGAACGCAUCCCAAAGCAUCUCCCCCACUCAGGACUGGAUAGAAGAGAAGUUGCAUGAGGUGUGCGAGAGCCUGGGCAUCUCCAGAGAUGGCCACCUCAACAGAAAGAAGCUGGCUUCCAUUUGUAAACAAUGUGGCUUGCAGAAUGUUGACAUGCAGGUGGUCGAAGGCGUCUUCCGCAAUCUCCAGCAUGAUAGCACCAUGACCAUUGAAGAUUUCUUCUACCGCUUGUUUAAAACCGGGAAGCCUCUUCAGCCAUCUGCUUCAACCCCGUACAGGCAACUAAAGAGGCAUCUCUCCAUGCAGUCCUUUGAUGAAACUGGGAGACGCACCACCACACCAUCAGCAAUGACAAGUACAAUAGGCUUUCGGGUGUUUUCCAGGCUAGAUGAUGGGAUGGGUUAUGCUGCGGUGGAACAAAUCUUCGAUGCGUGGCACGAAGAAGGAAUAGAGAACAGCCAUGAGAUCUUAAAGACCUUAGAGUUCAACCUGGAUGGAAAAAUUAAUCUGACAGAGCUUACCCUUGCCCUGGAAAACGAGCUUCUCAUAACAAAGAACGGGAUAUAUCAGGCUGUGCUGGCCAGCUUCAAGACGGAGAUCCGGCAUUUAAUGGAACAAGCUGACCAGGAGGCCAGGGAGAAGGAGAAGCUGCGGUUAGACUUGGAGAAGGCGGAGAAGCUGAAAGUCCUCAUGGCCUCCGAAGUGGAUGACCACCACGCUGCCAUUGAACGCCAGAACGAAUACAACCUAAGCAAGGUGGAAGAAGAGUACAAGGAACGUGUUGCAGCGCUGAAAAACGAACUUCAGAAAGACCGAGAGCAGAUUCAGCUGCAGGCCAACAAGCAGCGGGCAGAGCUGGAGGAGGAGAUGGAGAAGCUGAAAACGGAAGAGAACUACCUCCGUGACCGCCUGACUCUGACUCUGAAGGAGAACAGUCGCUUAGAGAACGAACUCCUGGCAACUGGAGAGAAGCUGGUGAAGUACGAAAGCACCAUCAGCAAACUGCAGAAGAACUGGGAAAACGUCCUAGCAGAGAAGUUUGGGGAUCUCAAUCCAGGCAGCGCAGAGUUCUUCCUGCAAGAGGAACGGCUGAUGCAAAUGAAGAAUGAAUAUGAGCGGCAGUGCAGGGAACUCCAAGAUCAGAUAGAUGAGCUUCAGUCUCAGCUGGAAGAAUAUCAGGCUCAAGGCAGGGUAGCCCGGCCUUCCCUGAAAGCCUCUCUCUUUGAGGAGCUGGACGAUGGCGGAGUGGUGUCUGCUCAAGCAGCUGGUUCUGAGGAUUGCAAACCACUAAACAUGAGCAUAGAAGCUGAAAUGGUUAUUGAGCAAUUGAAAGAUCAGCACCACCGGGAUCUCUGCAGCUUGCAAGAGGAGCUUGGAAACACGAUGUGCCAUUAUGAGAAGCAGCUCAAGGAGGCCGAGGCUCGCUGUGAGAUGGAGCAGGAGAACCUCCAGCGGACGCACGCGCAGGAGAGGCGAGCCCUGGAGCAGCAAGUGGGCUGCCUGCAGCCCCAGGUGUCUGAGCUCCAGGGAGAGCUGGCGAGACUCAAGCAGGAGUGGCAGGAGGUCGACUCCCAGCGGGAGGUGGAGAGCAGCAGCCUGCAGGCGUGCUUGGAGGAGAAGGCCACCCUCGUGGGCCAGCUGAAGCUUCAGCACCUGAGGGAGCUGCAGGCCAGGCUGGAAGAGGCCCAGGCGGAUUUCAGCCACGAGCGGGAGGAGUUGAUUCAGGCCGGGGUCUGGAUGGAAGAGAAAAUGCGAGCGUUAGCACAGACAGUCCAAGAAGAGAAAGCCGAGCUGGAAGAUGGAUUCCACAAUCAGCUGCAACGGCUGAUAGAGAAGCACAGCCUAGACAAAGAGCAGCUCCGGCAAGAGCUGGCGGGGAAGUAUUGGCAGGAGCUCAAGGAAGAAAGAUGUGAGGCUGAUCAUCUCAGAGAAGAAAAUGCUGUUUUAAGGAACAAGAUCGCCUUGUUGAAUGAGGAAGGGAGCAUUUCCAACCUGCGCUUGAGGGAGCUUAACGGAUCUCAAGAAGAACUGUGGCAAGAAAUUGAGGUCGUACGGAAGGAGAAAGUGGCAGUGCAAAAAAUGGCUGAAAACUUGAAGAAGCAGGCAUCUGAACUGAAAGCCCGGAAUCAGCAGCUGGAGUUGGAAAAUGCUGAGCUUGAACGAAAAAACUCCCCCAACCAGGCAGAUGUGCAAGAUCUCAACCAGCGGUUGUUGAGGGUGCUUCGGCAGAGGGAAAAGGAGGUGGGGAAGUUUAUGCCGGAAGAAUGGAGGAGAGAAGGCUCUCGGCACAAGGAAGAACUGGAGAACUGCAAAAUUCAGUCUUCAACGCUGGUCUCCUCCUUGGAGACGGAGCUGUCUCAGCUCAGGGCUCAAGCCCCUGCUCUGGAGGAAGAGAACCGCUUCCUCAAGGAGGAACUGGAAAAGGUAAAGCAGGUGCCGAGGUGUCUGGACCGCUCUGACCUCCAGAACGAGAUUUCCAGCGUCAUCGCGAAAAACGAGAAGGUGCUGGCAGAGAAAGCAGCUCUCAGCGAAGAGCUGAACAGAUGUGUAGAGAAGGCAGCUAAAGUGGCCCUCUUGGAGAACCUUGUUGCCUCCUUGAAGCAGGAGAAGUCAUCUCUGGAACACGAGAAUCAGGCUCUGAAAACGCAGAUUGCAGCAUCUCAAGACAAGAUUCGGAAUUUUGACGAUGCUGUACAGAAUGUCAACCUUCAGAUGUCCAGGCUCAAGUCGGACCUCAGGGUGUCGCAGCAGGAGACAGAAACGCUGAAGCAGGAAGUGAUGUUGUUGCACAAGCAACUGCAGACAGCCAAUGAUAAGAAUCGGGUUCUUGAAGCCGCCGUGCAUUCCACCGGACUGCAGAGCCAACAGAAGAAGCUCUGCUGGGAUGAGCUGGGCCACUUGGCCAAGCAAGAACAGCAGCUCUUGAGGCAGGACAACGAGAGGCUCCAGAGGGAGGUCCAGAGCACCAAGGCAGAUCUGGCUCAAUCCAGGGAGAAGAUACGGCAGCUCGAAUCCACCAUCCUGUCCCUGAAGCACGUAAAACACCAAAGCCAGUCGGGGAUUGUGAAAGCCAUUGAGCAGGAGAAGCUGAAUCUGAAGAGGGAAUGUGAGCGGCUGCAGAAAGAACUGGCUUCAGCCAACCGAAAGAUCAGCCAGAUGAAUUCCCUUGAGCAUGAGCUGGAAACCAUCAAUUUGCAAAAUGAAGGCUUACGGAAGAAACAGGUCAAACUGGACGCACAGAUCUAACAUAGUUCUGGGCUUUGUGAGGUGGCAUUCAUGAGAUGAAACUAUCCCCACAACAAAAUAUACCUGGAAGAGGCCGUUAGCCUGGUUUGCAAGAGAGAGAUUGCACCCCAUCUUCAUCUAGGCAAAACUAGGGAGGACAGGUCUGUCGACAGCCAUUAGCUGUGAUAAAUAACUAAGUGGAACUUCCAUGUAGGAGGAGAAGGAAGUUCCGUGCAAGGCACCCCUGGAAGCACCCCUGGAGUCCCCAGAGGGGCAGUGGGGUUGCCCUCUGUCGCUUUGUCGGGGCAGCUGGGCACCCAAGAAAAUCAGGACAUUCCCCUCCCAACAACAAACAUAUGAAACUAUAGACCUGGUUGCAAAUGCAAUUCAGCUGGCUUUGAGGAGACUGGAAUUUAACACAGAAAAUGCAGUUACUUGUACCACGGAUAAAGCCACCAUUAAGAGCUGUCAUGUGUAUUGUUAUUUAAUUUUUGCAGAUUGUAUUUUGUAUUGUUUUGUUGAUGCAUUUUUAUAUUGUAUUUUAUAUUUGUGUUUUUUGUA